AUGCAGCUGACGCUAUGCUGUGCUGUGCUGUACUGUGCUAUGCUGCACGGAAUUAUAAUCACCCCCUCCCUCCCUGACAGACUCUCCAAAACAUCACAUCACAGGCUCAAUCAUCAUGGCCACCAAUCCCUCCGGUUCCGCUCCGGAGCCACAGCGCUCAUCACAGGCGCCGCCUCUGGCAUCGGCUUCGCUGCCGCGCAACUAUGCCACCAGCACGGCAUGAACCUAAUCCUCCUAGACAUCGACUCAGCGCAACUCACUACUGCGGCCAAAACACUAACCGAUAAUGCGACAACCCCAAAAAUCCAUACUUUCGUCCUCGACGUCUCCAAACGCGAAGACUGGACACGACACAAGCCAGCCAUCCUGACGCUAUGCCCGCAGGGAAUCGACCUGCUGAUGCUCAACGCAGGCCGACUGGCGCGACCGACCGAAGGGAAGACACCCUGGGAGGACCCGGAGUAUUUCGAGAGCACAUUCGCGACCAACACGUUUGGGUACACGAACGGGCUGGCCGCGUUCCUCGAGAGCGUCACGGAUUCCAGCAGGAGCGACACGCCCCGCGCCGUCGUCCUCACCGGCUCGAAACAGGGCAUCACUAACCCGCCCGGCAAUCCGGCCUAUAAUGCCUCGAAGAGCGCGGUCAAGACGAUCGCCGAGCACCUGUCUUACGAUCUACAUGUCCAUAUCCGAAUGUCAGUGUGCAUCUCUGGGUGCUGGACGCCUGAGGAGACCGUCGCGUUUAUGGCAAAGAAGAUGGCUGCGGGCAGCUUUUAUAUCAUUUGUCCGGAUAACGAGGUCACUGAGGAGAUGGAUCGGAAGCGGAUUGCAUGGGCGAGUGGAGAUGUUAUUCAUGAUCGCCCGGCGUUGUCGCGGUGGCGGGCGGACUGGAAGGAGAAGGCGGCUAAGGGGAUUGAGAAGUUGGAUGUUGGGAAGUGAGGUAGUGGGGCGUUGUACCUAUAGCUUUUGACUUUCUAAAAACACGGCACAAAGACGCUGAAAGCCAGCGAAGGGAUGGUCCGACUUAUCCGGCUGUAUUUGUCAGGAUAAUAUGGCUGUCUACAUAGCCUUGAACCGUGGACAGCUAAAAGACAAUCAUACAUG